UCAAACACGAUUCUUGCUGGCAUGAAUUGAGGAGAGACCAAUGCAUGAAUUUAUUUCCUUUUUUGAGGUUAGAAAGAUCAAGAAUUUUGUCAUUUGUCGUAUAAAUUUGGCGACUGAUGAACACUGUUCGUGUAGUUCAUCAAAUGGGGAAGAUCAGAACCCAACUCCAGCUCUCUCUUCAAGCGCUGAAUUCUGUAUGUUUCCUCAAAUCUUCGACCUCUAAUCCUAAACCUAAACGCAUUUUCCAGUUCCAGCGAUUCUUCAGCGCGGAUUCGGAUUCCUCUCCUUCGAAGACCAUUUCCGUCUUCUCCACUAUUACUUUACCGUCGAGUUCCGGCGGCGGCGAUGAUUCUAGCAAUUCCACUUCGUCUCGGAAACCGAUCAAUCUCUGGCCGGGAAUGCACCAUUCCCCGGUCACCACCGCUUUGUGGGAAGCUAGGUUGAGUAUCUUCGAGAGGCUGCUCGAUCCUCCUAAAGAUGCACCUCCGCAGAGCGAACUGCUCACGAAAACGCCGUCGCAGAGUCGGACUAUUGUGGUUUAUAAUUUCUCUUCUGAUUUCAUUCUGAGAGAGCAGUAUCGAGAUCCGUGGAAUGAGGUUAGAAUCGGAAAGCUGCUUGAAGAUCUCGAUGCCUUGGCUGGUACCAUCUCCGUUAGACACUGUUCUGAUGUUGAUAGCACAACAAGACCACUUUUGCUAGUGACUGCCUCUGUGGACAGGAUUGUUUUGAAGAAGCCGAUUAGUGUGGCUGCUGAUUUGAAAAUAGUUGGUUCAGUCAUAUGGGUUGGGCGAUCAUCAAUUGAGGUUCAGUUAGACAUGAUUCAAUCAUCAGAAGAUUGCUCAAACACAUCAGACUCAGCUCUGACAGCAAACUUCAUAUUCGUGGCUCGCGACUCUAAGACUGGGAAAGCAGCUUUGGUUAACAGGCUUUUACCAGAAACUGAGGAAGAAAAACUACUUUUUGAGGGAGCAGAAGCCAGAAGUAAGCUAAGGAAAAAGAAGAACAUAGGUGAUAUGCAGGGAUCAGAAAAUGGGUAUACAAAUAGACUCAACGCUUUUCUAGCAGAGGGAAGAAUCUUGUGUGACAUGCCAGCCUUAGCAGACAGAGACAGCAUUCUUCUCAGGGACACUCGCCUUGAAAACUCUUUGAUCUGUCAACCACAACAAAGAAACAUACAUGGUCGGAUUUUUGGAGGGUUUCUGAUGCAACGAGCACUUGAAUUGGCCUUCUCAACAGCAUAUGUCUUUGCUGGAUUGGUGCCUUGCUUUCUAGAAGUUGAUCAUGUUGAAUUCUUAAAGCCUGUAGAUGUGGGUGACUUCGUACGUUUCACAUCAUGCAUUCUUUACACAGAACUUGACAACCCAGAUCAGCCAUUGAUCAAUGUUGAAGUUGUUGCCCAUGUUACUAGGCCUGAAAUAAGGUGUAGCGAGGUUUCGAACACGUUCUACUUCACUUUUACUGUGCGUCCAGAGGCUAAAGCGAACAGAAACGGGUUCAGAAUUCGCAGCGUUGUUCCUGCAACAGAAGAAGAAGCUCGACGAAUCAUCGAGCGCAUGGAUGCUGAAAAGCAGCUAAGGGAAUUGAUUAAGCAAUCUGAAUCAGAUCAGGCUUAGGCAGACAACAAAGUUUAGCAUAGUUUAAGAACAUCUGGUAGUAUCAUUAUUCUGAAACUGGGGCAAGUUAAAUUCAUUCUAGAAUCUCAACCCUCCUCCUUACGAAGAAAUGAGGGUAACAUUUUUCAAUUUGAUAUUAGAAACCAAGAUCAAUAUUAAAAUUACAUUGUCUGCAAACUUCCAA